UAGCUGCAUGCUCGUGUUGAGUGAGCUGGAGGAGACUGUAUUGUAGUCGUAGUGCAGCUAAUUCUUUCAGGUGUAAUUAAGCAACAAUGUCUUCAGUAAGGUAUUUGAGAGAAGUAACUGCUGCUGCUGGAGAAAUGUUCAGAGUUUAACAAAGAAAAAGAAAAGAAAACGUUCGUCGAGUACGACGAAAGAUCCCUCGGCAGCGCAGACUGUUGGAUAUCGUUUGGAAACCCGAGACAAAGUUACACAGGAUAGACUGGAGAGAACUUGAGGAGAACUGUGCUCAGAAGGAUGUUUUAUUUUACGACCAUAGAGAGUUUGGCAGUUUGCAGAGGAAAGUUCCUGAAGUCACAUUAACAUGUACUCGAUCUACAAUGACCACACAUACUCACACUGUUUCAACCAUCGAGCUUUACCUUCAGAUGUCCACAAAGUGACUGUUGGUGAAGAACAUCCGAAUGAGUGGAGCCCCAGUCUGGACCAGGAGGACACAAAGCCCCCACACAUUAAAGAGGAACAGGAGGACCUCCGGAUCAGUCAGGAUGUAGAGCAGUAUCAAGGGCUGGAGGAGGUGGAUAUCACCAAGUUCACAUUCACUCUUCUCCAUGUAAAGAGUGAAGAUAAUAAAGAGAAAGCUCAGAUCUUACAGCUUCAUCAAAGGCAAACUGAAGAGAUGGAAACAGAAGCUGAUGGACAGGACUGUGGAGGAUCAGAACAAGCAGGAAACGCGCAUCCAUAUACAUAUUUACAACCAGAUACUAAUGACAAGACCCGAGUACCUCAUUCAGGUACGAACUCUGUGAAUAAUAUUGAAGACCCUGUCAGUGAUUCCAGAUGUAGUGCUGCUGAGAAACCAUUUAGCUGCUCGGAGUGUGGGAAAAGAUUUGAACGCAAGGGACAUCUGAAGACACACAUGAGAACCCACAGAAGAGGGAAACAAUUGAACUGCUCAGUCUGUAAGAAAGCUUUUAAACACCGUGGAAAUUUACAGCAACACAUGGAAACCCACACAGGACAGAAACCAUUUAGCUGCUCAGUCUGUAAAAAAGCUUUUACGGAGAGGGGAAGUUUAAAUAAACACACGAUAAUCCACAAAGGAAAUAAAGCUUCAUUAGAGCGUGGACAUUUACACAAUCACACAAAAACCCACAAAGGAGAUAACCCUUUCAGCUGCAGUAUUUGUGACAAAAUGUUCAGCAGGCCUCGUCAGCUCAGAAAACAUAAAUGUGUUGGUCAGAUGGAAACAGAAGGUGAUGGAAAGGACUGUGGAGGACCAGAACCAGCCAGGAACACAUAUCAAGAUACACAUUUACAACCAGAUGCUGAUGGCAAGAUGCAACACUUUUCUGAACCUGAUACUGAUUACAGUAACAAUUGGAAGGAUACCAGAGAACCUCAGUCAGGUUUAAACUCUCUGAAUAACAAUGAAGUCCCUGUCAGUGAUUCCAGAUGUAGUACUGGUGAGAAACCAUUUAGCUGCUCGGAGUAUACUGAUGUCAAGACUGGAGACUCUUCUGAACCUGUGACUGAUGACAGUGAGGAUUGGAACGAGGCCAGAGAACCUCAGUCAGGUGUCAACUGUCUGAGUAAUGAUGAAGUCCCUGUCAGUGAUUUCAGAUGUGGUACUGAUGCAGGACAGUACCAUUUCCCCCGUAACUGUGUAUGGCCACUAGUGGUGCUGGGGCUGGCUGGUAAGGAAGCCCGCCUUGAGGUUGAGGUGUUGGAGCUGGUGGCGGUUGAUCAUGAUGGCCACCAUGGGAGUGAGAAGCUGGCACUGGUGGCAACUGGUAAGUGUUCCAGCCCUGAGAGUGAUAUGCUGGAGCAGGUGACGGUGACGGCAGAUAAGGGGACCAGCCCUGAGAGUGUGACGCUGGAGCAGGUGACGGUGACGGCAGGUAAGGGGACCAGUCCUGAGAGUGAGACGCUGGAGCUGAGUGUUGACCCUGCUGGAAGUAGGCAACAUCCGACAAAGCAGGGAAGACAGCAUCCCCAGGCCAGUGCUGUGCUCUUGGCCAGUCCUGAUCUGCAUUGGUUGAGCUGGCACCAGUAG